AAUUUUAUAAGAUUUUUGUUCAACAUUUUCUUAUUCAUUUCUCAAAAUCAGACCAAUAAAAUAUCUUAAUUGAUCAAAUUAUUUUAUUACUAUUUAUAGAAUUUUAAGAUAUUCUAAACAUUCAAAUGAAUUCUUAGUCCUUGAAUACUUGACAUUGUGUAGAAAGUAAAGAAAAAAUGACAGAACGUUGGGAUGAUAAAGAGUUAUGUAAGUUGUCAAAAUUGUACAAUGAUAAAGAGUUAUGUAAGUUGUCAAAAUUGUACAAUGCUGUGCGAGGCGGAAAUUUGGAUGAGACAAAAGCGAUUCUUGGCAGUCUCCCCCACGAUGCAGUGAAUUGGGAAAUUCCAGAUAAAGGCGAAACAGCUCUUCACACUGCUGUUAGAUAUGGACAUGAGCAUAUAGUGGAGGCGUUGGUGAUGCAAAUGUCGAAUCAAAGCUUGGCCAUGUAUAAUAGUGAUGGUUUCACAGCUCUAACCAUGGCAGUCUUGUUUGGGAAAAGGCAAAUGGUGGAGUGCAUGCUUCGACAGUACUCUGACUUGAUCAACAUUAGACAUUCCAUAGGAAAAAAUCUUCCGGUCGUUAUGGCUAUUGACUUCCGACAAAUAGAAAUGGCACGCCAUUUGUAUUAUCUUACUCCAGAGACAGAUUUAAUUCCAAAGGAUAAUGAUCAGGAGAUUCAGAAGUGCAAUGGUGCUACGCUUCUUACACAUGCCAUCUAUUCUGGAACUUUGGAUAUUGCUUUAGAUUUAAUCCGACGCUAUCCACGUUUGGUGCUGGCUCUUGACAAGUGUGACGAGUCUCCUGUCUUGGCAUUGGCCUCUACGCGUCAUUCCGUCCCAGGUGCAAUUCAGCUCGGGUUUUGGAAACAAUGCAUCUACUCCUGUAUGCGCAUUCCAUCCAUGCCACCUCUAACUAGUAAUGAGACUCGUUUGGACGUUUCAAAUGGAGAACAAUACCAAAGCAAUCAAGAAGAUCAAAAUAUCAUAUCAGUAAUGUUAAGAAGUUGUGCUGUAGGAGUCCUCAACUUCUUUGGAAUCACGCAGUUGUACGAAAUGAAGAAGAUCCAUGAGCAGUACAAUGAACUUCUUUAUCAAAUGUGUAAAGUGAUAUCAGAAUCAAAAACUCAGCAACUUAUAGAUGGUCUGGUUUAUUCUGCCAUUUGCCGGGCUACCACGAACGGGAUUUUCGAGUUUGUUUCUAAGAUGCUUGAAACGGACCUACGAUUUAUAUGGGUCCGUGAUAAAGAUGAAAGAAACAUAUUUAUGCUUGCUGUCUUGCACCGUCACGAAAAAAUCUUUAGCAUUCUAUACUCCCAACAUACAAUGACGAACUACUACUCCUUGACAUGUUUAUUAGAUGUCGAUGGAAAUAACAUAUUACAUAUGGUAGGGAAGAUGGAACAUCCUACUAGGGUUACUCAAAUCUCAGGGGCAGCUUUACAAAUGCAAAGAGAGUUACAAUGGUUCAAGGAGGUAGAGAGAAUUGUCCAUCCCAGGGACAAGGAAAGUAUCAACAAUGAUGGUUUCACUCCCCAACAAUUGUUUACGAAGAACCACAAGAACAUGAUGAAAGAGGGAGAGAAAUGGAUGAAGGACACAUCAAAGUCCUGUAUGGUGGUGGGUGCUCUCAUUGUUACCAUUAUGUUUCAAGUGGCCUUUACCAUUCCAUGUGGUAACAACCAAGAUACGGGCCUGUGUAGGGUCUUUAUGAUAUCUGAUACCUUGUCCUUAUUUUCAUCCUCAACUUCCGUCUUGAUGUUUUUGGGAAUCCUUACCUCACGUUAUACAGAAGAUGAUUUUCUCGAGUAUUUGCCGAGGCAGAUGAUAAUAGGCCUUUCCACCCUCUUUUGCUCUAUUGCGACCAUGAUGAUAACCUUUGCCAGUGCUCUUUUAAUCAUCCUACAAGAGCAAUCAAGGAUGCCAAUUCCUCUCAUUUGUUUGGCUGGUGUUCCAGUCAUUCUAUUCUUAUGGAUUCGGUUCCCCAUCCUUAAAGAUAUGAUCAUUUCAACCUAUGGGCCAAGCAUAUUCAACAGGAAAAUGAAACUGAAAUUAUAAAGCUGCAAUAUGAGAUCAUCAUGUAUAUUUAUUGCAUGAGUUAUUGGCAUUUAAGCUAAAACUGAAUAUUUGUUCCCUUCUGUUGAGCCAAUAACCAAUGGAUGGAUUUUCAACAUAGAUUUAUCUUGCAAGUUUUAUGGUUAAUUGUUUUCGAUUUAUUAUCAUUAAUUCAUCAAUAAAUUAUUUAACUAUUGUGAUA